CUUUUCUUUUUUUCUUAAUCAUUAAAAGUUUUCCACAGAUUCUGCUCCACUGGGAAUGCAAUGGAUGAGUCACUCAAAAAGACCUGGGAGAAGUUGGAGACAGGAUUUGGGAUUAGUGCAUCACCGCUGUUGUUGUUGGCUUCGUUGAAUCCUAAACAGCACAUACUGUUUAUUGAUUUUUUUUUUUUUUUUUUAGGUUUCAUUAUGCUAUUUCGGUGCCAACUCACUUGCGAACCAACGCUGCAUGAAGCAUCGUCAGGUUUGUGAAAGGCGAGCGCGGCGUCGACUCUCGCAUCGCACGCAUUAUAGCUGUGGAGGCGCAGAGAGUCGCUGCACGUCUGUGAUCCGACCGUGUUGCAGCGGGAUUUCUCAACGAGCUCUCAUUUUGAAGUUGAUUUGAUUAACUUUCAGAACAUACGAGACUAAAUAUAUGAAAUAUUACGCAAGAAAAUGCGAGUUUUAAUUUAGAUCCAUUCGCGUCUCAGUCCAGCUCGCAGUGAAUCCAUCGGUUCUUCUGUGCUUGUGGACAUACAGUCUGUGUGCACUGACUGGCAGCUUUAAGUUUGGGACCAACGAGAGGAGUUUAGAACACUUGCCAGUGUGAACGACACUUCAGAACCAAGGACAGAUCCAAACCGCUGGCUGGCAAAUAUGCCCAAAGUGAGAAACAUCUGGACACUGCUCCUCACAUGAAGCUCCUCGCGUUUUCUGUGUGCAACUCGUGUAAAGGAGACCUGCGAAUACGUCAGAGAAGACACAACCACAGGAAAUAUCAGAUAUGCUAUCUUCCCUGAGAGAUGACUUGAAAGUAAUCUGCCUCCAGACUCUGUGAACUUCCACGCCUCUCUACUUCAACCAGCUAAACCCUACCUGAUCCUGCCAUGCUGACUGCAGUGCUUUACGCCAAGUCACUGGCCAAUUCUGCCAAUUACUGGCCCCUGCACAUAUUCCUGCUGGAGCUGCUGAUACCUGGAGUGUUGCCUAGCAUGUCCAGAUUGCCUCCUGCAGCCAAACGUGAGAUCAUCAUGGACGGGGACUUGGUGAUUGGAGGCCUCUUCCCCGUCCAUGAAAAAGGCGAUGGCAUGGAGGACUGCGGUAAGAUCAAUGAGGCGAGAGGCAUCCAGAGGUUGGAAGCCAUGCUGCUGGCGCUUGAUGAGAUUAACUCCAGCGAUCGCAUCCUUCCCGGACUCCAGCUGGGGGCCCACAUACUGGACACCUGCUCGAAGGACACCUACGCUCUGGAGCAGUCCUUAGACUUUGUCAGGGCCUCCCUCACCAAGGUGCAAGAUCCGGGUUUCAUCUGCCCAGACGGCUCCAGACCCAUCCAAAAUGAGGUCCCACUGGCCAUAUCUGGGGUAAUCGGAGGCUCCUACAGUGAUGUUUCAAUUCAGGUGGCCAACCUUCUGCGGUUGUUCCAGAUCCCUCAAAUCAGCUAUGCCUCCACUAGCGCAAAGCUGAGCGAUAAGACCCGCUAUGACUACUUCGCCCGCACCGUGCCCCCUGACUUCUACCAAGCCAAGGCCAUGGCUGAGAUCCUCUGCUACUUCAACUGGACCUACGUGUCCACGGUAGCAUCUGAGGGGGACUAUGGUGAGACCGGGAUUGAUGCCUUCCAGCAGGAGGCACGCACCCGCCAAAUAUGCAUCGCCACUUCAGCCAAAGUCAGCCGCUCCAUGAACCGCCAGGGCUAUGACAAUGUGAUCCGCUCCCUGCAGCAGAAGUCCAACGCCAAGGUGGUCAUCCUGUUCACCCGCAGCGAGGACGCCCGCCAGCUGCUGGUGGCCGCCGCUCGAAUGAAUGUGUCCUUCACCUGGGUGGCCAGCGAUGGAUGGGGAGCACAGGAGAGUGUGGUGAGGGGCAGCGAGACAGCGGCAGACGGGGCUUUCACCAUUGAACUAGCCUCCUAUCCGAUCAGAGAGUUUGAAGACUACUUUACCAAACUGAACCCAUACACAAACACAAGGAACCCGUGGUUCAAGGAGUUCUGGGAGCACCGGUUCGGCUGCAGCCUCGAAGAGCAUGGCUGCAGUGAACACAAUUUACGGGACGGCACUUUUGAGCAGGAAUCCAAGAUUAUGUUUGUGGUGAAUGCAGUUUAUGCCAUGGCGUAUGCACUGCACAACAUGAGGCAAGCAGUGUGCUCCAACACAUCCAAGGUCUGUGAUGCCAUGAAACCAGGUAAUGGAAAAAGGUUCUACAAAGAGUUCAUCUUGAAGACCAAGUUUGAAGCUCCCUUCAGACCUGUAGACACACAGAGCAUGGUGCGCUUUGACUCCUUUGGAGACAGCAUCAGCCGCUACAACAUCUUUCAUUAUCACAAAGAAGAUGGCAAGUUCACCUACAGGAAAGUUGGUUACUGGGACCACAACCUGACCCUGAACACCACAAUGAUACCCUGGCGUGGCCUCAUACCGCCGACCUCCCAGUGUAGUGACCCCUGCAAGAAGAAUGAGGUGAAGAGCAUGCAGCCAGGAGAUGUGUGCUGCUGGAUCUGUAUUCCCUGUCAACCCUACCAGUAUCUGCAGGAUGAGUUCACCUGUGCUGACUGCAGCUUCGGUCAGUGGCCUCUGGCUAACUUGACUGGCUGCUAUGAUCUCCCUGAAGAUUACAUCCGGUGGGAGGAUGCCUGGGCAAUCGGGCCUGUUACCAUCUCUUGUCUGGGUAUACUUUGCACCCUGUCAGUAGUUGGCUUGUUCUUAAAAAACAACGAGACACCUGUGGUUAAAGCGAGUGGACGGGAGCUCUCCUACAUCCUUUUGCUGGGAGUGUUGAUGUGCUACAGCAUGACCUUCAUCUACAUCGUCAAACCUUCUACCGCUGUUUGCACCCUACGCCGACUAGGCCUGGGCACCUCAUUCGCUGUAUGCUACUCCGCCCUGCUAACAAAGACCAACCGGAUCGCUCGUAUCUUCAGCGGUGUGAAAGACGGAGCCCAGCGGCCACGCUUCAUCAGCCCAGCCUCCCAGGUGGCAAUCUGCGGUGCUCUUAUCUCCUGCCAGCUGCUCGUGGCCGUUAUCUGGCUCUUGGUUGAGGUGCCAGGCGUCCGAAAGGAGGUGAGCCCAGAGAGGAGAGACGUGGUUACCCUCAAGUGCAACUGCAGAGACACCAGCAUGCUCAUGUCCCUCACCUACAACUGCAUCCUCAUCAUCCUCUGCACAGUCUACGCUUUCAAGACAAGAAAGUGCCCGGAAAACUUCAAUGAGGCCAAGUUUAUUGGGUUUACUAUGUACACAACCUGCAUCAUCUGGCUCGCCUUUCAGCCCAUCUUCUAUGUCACUGCCAGUGACUACCGGGUGCAGACAACCACCAUGUGCAUCUCCGUCAGUCUGAGUGGUUCCGUCGUUCUCGGCUGCCUCUUUGCCCCCAAGGUCCACAUCAUCCUGUUCCAGCCCCAGAAAAACGUGGCCACGCUCAGGGUCACAGCCAACCGCUUCAGUGCCACGGUAUCUACUUCUGCCUCAGCUCCCAGCUCCAGCUAUUCAAAAGGAUCAGCCUCCAACUACGUGCCAGCGGUUUGUAACGGCCGCGAGGUGGUGGACUCCACAACGUCGUCUUUGUGAAAGAGGUUCUUCUCUUAGCACAAGAGACCAUCCCAUUAUCAGUCAUCCAUGCCAUCUAACAUGUGUCAGAGAGAUAACGCUGUCGGGGUAGACUGACAGCAGCGAGGGUAACUCUUAACUGUGAAAGCUAAAUGACGUUGCUACAGCGAGCAGUAUGUAUCAACUGUAAAGCCUUUUUGUAUAGAUUUAAUAUGCUGUGAUCUCCUUGGUUUACAAAUAGAUGUGAUUAAAUGCACCGUGCCUUGUCCUGAAGAGUCUUGUUGUCAAAUGGGUGGUUGUGAAGCAAUAGUAUUAUACAAAAGGAUGUUCUUAUCUUGUCCUUACAGUGCUGUGAAUAUAUCCAAAUGUUUUAGACAGAAAAAACAAAUAAAUAAAAUGCUACGAGAUGAAUUUAGCCCUUCUGUUAAACAAAAUGUGUGACUAACCAUAGUGAACGUGAAGAAAACUAGGCAACUAGACAAUAUAAAGGACAUGUGUUAAUGUAGACUGGUAUUACAGUGUGUGAUUUCUUGUAAUUUAUGUAAAUAAAAUGUUGUUUUUCUUAUUAAAAAUAUUAAAUUGCA